ACAGACCGUGUGCUAUUUUCGGGCUCUCGUCACGCUGGUCGUUCAGGGAGCUGCUGCGCUUCGUCACACCACCAACCAAAAAUCUUGAUCGACAAACACUGCUCUGACCACAAGCAACUGGUUUUGAAACCGGAUUACUUUUUAUACGAUUCAUAGUCGGUUUCGUCAACAGCGUCUCGGUUUUAGGGCCCGUUUCAAAGUUACGUUUCCGAGUGUGUAUAUUUGCGGCGCCUGUUAAACUUUUGCGUGCUUCGACUUCGGAAGAAGAAAUGGGGGAUAAUGAUUUGCAAAUGGAGAUUACAGGGCAAACGCAGGAGUCUUCAAGCGGGGACAGGAUCGACUUGUCCUUAGAUGACAUCAUAAAGCUAAAUAAAAAGAAGCAGAAUGCGAUCAGAGCAUCCAACAGAUCUAAAAGUAAACGUGCAGCUGUGUUGGAUAAAUUCAUCCAGAUUCCACAGCAGCAGAGGGGACGCGGACGGGGAGCACAGCAGUAUCAAGGGCCUGGCAGGGUGAGAGGAUUCAGGAGACAAAGGGGAUCUGGGAGGGGCAUGAUGUCAAGUGGCAGUAGUGUUAGUCCAAUGAACAGAGCUUCUGCCAGCACCAUGACAGGUGGACAGUUUGAUCAGACCACAUUCACAUCGAGAGGGACGUUCAGAGGACGAGGAAGAGGUAGAGGAGGCGGCUUGAGCAGGGGUGCGUUGUCGGCAAGAGGACAGAGGACUGCACAGAGGGGUGGAGGACCAUUUGUAUUAGACAGAGGGUUUUCUGCCACAAGAAGAGCUGAGAAGUUAGAAAAUUAUCAGAAGAUAAGAAGUCGAAGAACAGAACCAUCUGACUCAAUGCUGACAGUUUCCCUGCCAAAUGCUGCACCUGUCGUUCUGAAGAGAACUAAUCAGAACGGGAGGGGUGGGGCAGCAUUAAGGGGCAGAUCAUCUGGAGGAGCAAGUACUACUUUACCUAAAGGCAUUCCUCUGCACUAUAACUACAAAGCAACUACUAACCAGACUGGACUAUCCCUCAAUGACCGUUUCACUGACCUAAAGGGCAUAGGGCGAGGGAGUGGAAGAGGAAGGGGCAGAGGAAGAGGAGGAGGAGAUAUCGCAGGUGAUGGAAGAGGCAGGGGAGACUUUGCACAGGGUGGACGAGGCAGAGGAAACAUAUUACAGGGUGGACGAGGCAGAGGAAACAUAUUACAGGGUGGACGAGGCAGAGGAAGAGGAAAUAUUUUACAGGGUGGACGAGGCAGAGGAAGAGGAAAUAUUUUACAGGGUGGACGAGGCAGAGGAAAUAUUUUACAGGGUGGACGAGGAAGAGGAAACUUUUUACUGGGUGGACGAGGCAGAGGAAACAUAUUUCAGGGUGGACGGGGCAGAGGUAAUGGAAGGGGCGGUUUCACAAGAGGAAAUGGAAGGGGCGGUUUCACAAGAGGAAGAGGAAAUGGAAGGGGCGGGUUCACACGAGGAAGAGGCUUGACAAGACAAGCUGACCGAACUGUCACUCUUCAAUGAUUUUGAUAACAACUAUUUGUGCCAGUGUACUUAAGUGAUUUACAGUAUGAUUGCAUUCAAAUUAAAAUUUGACAGAUUUCAAACAAUGGGAUAACGGAGUUUGAUAGCAAUCUUAACAUGAAUCUCUUUAAAGUGAAUAUAAAUUAUGUGUAAUAAUGACAUAUUUUGCAAUUCAGUAUCGUCGCUGUCCCUUUGAAACCUCCAAAUGAAGUUUUUCAGUUUAUGGAAAAAACACUGGACUUUUUAAAUGAUUAAAUACUGUUGUCAACGUUGACAAGCACUUUUUAAUAAAUUUUCCAGUGACAAACAUAAAGAGUGAUUAAUAAUAAUGAAAUUUGGAGAAACAAGGCUUGAGAAGGACAGCGGCUAUAUGCUUUUCAAUGUUACCACUGAAAAUAAGGAACCUCAAUGUUUAUCAUAUCUCUACAUUAUGUAAAUAUUGUUCUCUUUGUUAAACUGGUUUGCAUUCUGAAACUAGAAGUGUAUAUCCCUGUAAUAAAAGUCUGGUUUUAAAAUGGUU